AUGGAUAACGGCGACAGCACCUGCAACAGCAACUACACGUUCAGCAGCAGCAGCGGGUGCUUGUCUUCAUCUACAACCUCCACCAGCUCUUCGACCGACUGGAGGCCACGGGUUUAUACCCCUUUGCCACAUGUACAUGUGCCAGUGGCAACUAUUUCAACCACGAGAUGCGCAAGCCAACGUUGA